AUGCGAUACGAAGAAAGCCGAUAUCGCUCUCAAAAAAUCUCAAAAACAUUACCUUUUCAUAUAGUUGUGAAUGGUUUAGCUGGCUUUGGAAAAUCCUAUGUUAUCUCUAUUAUUGAACAGAUGUUAAUUGAUUUUUGUAUUAGUGAAUCAGCUACUCGAAAUCGUCCACGUAGACUAAAAGGAUUACUGAAGAUGGCUCAUACUGGCAAAGCUGCUUUAAAUAUUCAUGGUUGGACUAUCCAUACUGCUCUAGGCAUGUUAAUUGUUAAAUUGUUUAAAGUUGGCAUGGCUCGAUCAUUAUUUUUUAGUCCAGUACAAGCAAGUAAAAAAGCAUGCAAAAUUGAUUUAAGACCUUCUGAUGACGAAAAUGAGUGUGCAUCUAUGUUUGAGCAAUUACCAAUAUGUAUUGGCGCACGUGUAAUAUGUCGACGUAAUAUUGAUUUUGAUGGAGAAAUGGUGAACGGAACCGAAGCAAUCAUAAAAGAUAUUGUAUGGGAUAAAGCUGAUGAUAUUAUCUUACCAAUGUCAAAUCGAUGUGUUUUUCCAAAUUUAAAUCGAACAUUAACUGCGAAAUUACCAAAAUAUAUUGAACUCGAAUUAAAUAAUGGUUCAAUGUAUAAAAUGACUCCAGAAGAAGUUAGUUUCAAAAAUCAAAAUGGUGUAUCGAUGACAAGAAAACAAUAUCCACUCAGUUUAGGCUAUGCAAUAACAGUACAUCGAUCGCAGUGUAUGACUUAUAAUAAGCUAGUCGUCGAUUUAACUGGUGUAAAUUGGAAGCCUGGUAUGUUUUAUACAAUCUUGAGUCGUACACGAAAAUUGACUGAUAUCAUUAUCUUGGCAUAUGAUCGUAAAUCAUUCAAAGUAAUUAGUAUAUUUUGUUAUGAAAUACUGUUUACCAUGUUUUAG